GGCUGGGCAGGAUUCCGGACAACGCCUGGUUCCUCUCGGGUCCUUCCGGCGUCGCCGGAGUGAAUUGAUCCGGGAGUUGAAGAGGGCUGCAAAGGUGGGAAGUGAAGUCAGUGCCUCAGUUGCUGGGGAGCACUGGAAGAAGGAAGAGACAAAUGUUGAGGUCUACGGAUUCAGUUCCAGUUUAAUGAUGUGGCCCUCUAAGGAGCUUUCUCCUCUAAAUCUUGGUCUCUUGUUUGGAAGUGACUAACAACGUUUUGGCAUGAGAAAAUCCUAAAAAGAUCAGUGUGUUUUGUGUCCAAUUCUUUGAUCACCAAAAAAGAGAAGAAAUAUUGCAGUGAAUGAAGAUUCCUCUGCAUUUUAGCACUGCUUUUUCAACUGUAGUUGGCUUUUGAAUGAGGAUGACAAUGGAAGAGAUGAAGAAUGAAGCUGAGACCACAUCCAUGGUUUCUAUGCCCCUCUAUGCAGUCAUGUAUCCUGUGUUUAAUGAGCUAGAACGAGUAAAUCUGUCUGCAGCCCAGACACUGAGAGCCGCUUUCAUUAAGGCUGAAAAGGAAAAUCCAGGUCUCACACAAGACAUCAUUGUGAAAAUUUUAGAGAAAAAAAGUGUAGAAGUUAACUUCACGGAAUCCCUUCUUCGUAUGGCAGCUGAUGAUGUAGAAGAGUAUAUGAUUGAGCGACCAGAGCCAGAAUUCCAAGACCUAAACGAAAAGGCACGAGCACUUAAACAAAUUCUCAGUAAGAUCCCAGAUGAGAUCAAUGACAGAGUGAGGUUUCUGCAGACAAUCAAGGAUAUAGCUAGUGCAAUAAAAGAACUUCUUGAUACAGUGAAUAACGUCUUCAAGAAAUAUCAAUACCAGAACCGCAGGGCACUUGAACACCAAAAGAAAGAAUUUGUAAAGUACUCCAAAAGUUUCAGUGAUACUCUGAAAACGUAUUUUAAAGAUGGCAAGGCAAUAAAUGUGUUCAUAAGUGCCAACCGACUAAUUCAUCAAACCAACUUAAUACUUCAGACCUUCAAAACUGUGGCCUGAAAGUUGUAUAUGUUAAGAGAUGUACUUCUCAGUGGCAGUAUUGAACUGCCUUUAUCUGUAAAUUUUAAAGUUUGACUGUAUAAAUUAUCAGUCCCUCCUGAAGGGAUCCAAUCCAGGAUGUUGAAUGGGAUUAUUGCCAUCUUACACCAUAUUUUUGUAAAAUGUAGCUUAAUCAUAAUCUCACACUGAAGAUUUUGCAUCACUUUUGCUAUUAUCAUUCUUUUAAGAAUUAUAAGCCAAAAGAAUUUACGCCUUAAUGUGUCAUUAUAUAACAUUCCUUAAAAGAAUUGUAAAUAUUGGUGUUUGUUUCUGACAUUUUAACUUGAAAGCGAUAUGCUGCAAGAUAAUGUAUUUAACAAUAUUUGGUGGCAAAUAUUCAAUAAAUAGUUUACAUCUGUUAAACA